CCCAUUUGAACAAGACAGACCCAUAGGAUGAACAGAAGCUGGUUAUGCUGCACCACCCUUGCUACGAAAUAACUGAUAGGGCUGACUACUCCAUCUCUCCAGAAGGUUCCAAAUGGAAUAAGCACACUCUGACCUAUAGGAUUAUCAAUUACCCAAAAGGUAUGACUCCAUCUACAGUGAAUGGCAUUAUACAUGAUGCAGUUUCCAUCUGGAGCAAUGUGACCUCCUCGAUCUUUCAAAAAGUGAAGGGUCAAGAUUCAGACAUUAAGUUUUCUUUCUGGCAGUUGGAUAAGAAGCUGACAUGGGAGGGAGGAUCUGGUGUCCAAUACCAUGGAGAUGGUUGGCCCUUUGAUGGGCCAGGUCAUAUCUUAGCCCAUGCCUUUUUACCAAAUUCUGAAACUCCAGCAAUUAUCCACUUUGACAAGGGAGAACCUUGGUCAACUUCAUACAAAGUGUUUAAUCUGCUCCUGGUUACUAUUCAUGAGCUGGGUCAUUCUCUAGGCCUCUGGCACUUCAUGAGUCAGAACUCCAUUGUGUACCCUAGAUAUGUUUAUCAGAACCCUAGAACCUUCCACCUUGAUGUUGAUGAUAUCCAAAAAAUCCAGCAAUUGUGGGGAGAAAGAUGUUCAUCUGAAAUGCCCUGA